ACUACAAAACAACCUACCACCACUACAAAACAACCCACCACCACUUCAAAACAACCCACCACAACUACAAAACAACCCACAACCACUUCAAAACAAUCCACUACCACUACAAAACAACCAGCCACCACUUCAAAACAAGCCACUACUACAACAAUGCAAUCCCAAGGAGUAUCAUAUCCAAACAGAGUGUUAUAUUCCUGUACAUUUGAUGUUGAUGACUGCAAUAUGGAGGAUGAUACUAAUGAUGAUUUUGAUUGGACCCGUCACUCAAAAAGCACAAAGACAGACACAUCAGGCCCAAGAAAUGACCAUACUCAAGCUAAUGAUCAAGGUUACUAUAUGUAUAUAGAGACCUCAGAUCCAAGAGUAAAGGAUGAUGUAGCAAGACUGUUCUCUCCUAUACUGUCUCUCACUGAGGGGUCAACCUUGACAUUCUGGUAUCACAUGUUUGGAGAAGAUGUAGCACAACUUAGAGUAAAGAUAGAGGAGAACAUAUUGUGGCAGAGAACAGGCCCCCAGGGUGAUGUGUGGCUCCAAGCAGCAGUAUACCUGCCCCAGGGGAAACACAAGUUAAUAUUUGAGGCUACUCGUGGGGUUAGUUAUAGAGGAGAUAUAGCCAUUGAUGACAUCACUGUCACUAGAAGAGGCAAGUAUAGUGAUACUCAUGAGUGCAGAAUCGUGGGUGAUGAUGAAGUAGGCAUCUGUGUUGAAGAUUGUACACAGGAGAAUGCGACCACAAAUACUGAAGACUCGUGUACUGGUGAUACAUUGUGUUGUUUUAAUGGCUGUGGCCAUGCAUGUGAGAAAGGCAAGUACAGUGAUGAUCAUGUUUGUCGGCCUGUGAGUGCAGGGAAAGUAGGAGCAUGUGUAGAAGCAUGUACACAGAAGAACAUAACAAGGAAUACUAAAGACUCGUGUACUGGUGAUACAAUGUGUUGUUUUAAUGGCUGUGGGCAUACAUGUCAAAUAGGUGAUCCUAAGCCAUCUCCUGAACCUAGCACAGUCUCCCCAUUAUCAGAAGUGAGCUUUUCUUGUGACUUUGAUGGAGGAAACACCUGUGCAUCACUUGAGAAUGACCUUAGUGGGGACUUCACCUGGACAUGGAACAAGGGGUCAACUAAAAGUGGAGAUACAGGUCCAACCAAGGAUUACACUUGCUCCUGUGAUUCUGGUGGGUAUCUCUACAUAGAGGCGUCCACCCCCAGGGUACAAGGGGACAGGGCUAUGAUAUAUGCCUCACUCACUCCACUACAAGAUACACAUUGCCUCACAUUUGCCUACCACAUGUGGGGAAGUGACAUAGGAUCACUAUGGGUCUCAGCUAGAUCACAGUCCACUAAUACUACAUUGUUUACAAGAACAGGUAACCAGGCUAACCUUUGGUACAGUCAAUCAGUUGAUAUUGCACCCUCUGUGACUAGAAUUGACUUUGGAGCUACAACAGGGAGUGGCUGGAGAGGUGACAUUGCAUUAGAUGGUAUAUCUCUCCAACAGGGGGCAUGUGCAGGGCAGUCAGGAGUCACGACAACUUCACCAUCUUCAACGAAGACAACCUUUAAACUUACUACAACAACAACUUUGCCUCCAACAACUACAACCAAGCCUUCAAGCACUACAACCAAGCCUUCAAGCACGACAACAAAGCCUUCAAGCACUACAAAAAAGCCUUCAAGCACUACAACAAAGCCAAGCACUCAAACAAGCACUUCCUCCAGCUACCAAACCAGCCAAUCAACUGUUAACGGAGUGACAUCAUUACAAACUGACUUUGAAUCCGGGUUUAAUGGUCUGCUACAUGACCCUAAUGGUGACUUCAACUGGACCAUAACUAAAGGCGAGACGCCCAGUCAUGCCACUGGCCCUACCAGUGAUCAUACUUUAGGCACCUCAGAAGGUCAUUAUGCUUACAUUGAGACAUCAGGGCCACAGGUUCAAGGUCAGAAGGCCCGCCUUAUGACCCCAAUGUUGACCUCAAAAGGCACAGGCAAUGGAUGCCUCGUCGUUGAGUUUGUAGACAUGUUGUAUGGUAUAGAUGUCGACACAUUGACUGUCUAUAUCAAACAUUUCGGUCAGUCUGAGGUGUCAGUCUACUCAGUCAAAGGUAAUAGGGGCAAAUUCUGGCACAAUGUUAAACUAACUCAGAGUGGGAAUGCAUUCCAGUUGAUCUUCGAAGGUACUGUCGGCCAUUCCUUUAGAGGUGACAUUGCCAUUGAUGAUCUCUCUAUACGACCAGCAACAGCCUCAGAGGCACAAGGAUGUAUAAAAAUUGAUGUUCAACCAGUGCCUUCAACUACUCCACCAUCAACAACCGCUAGCACUUCUCCAACAACACCACCUACUUCAACUACAGUUGGAUCUGUAGCAUCUUCUGUAUCAUGUAACUUUGACUCUGAUAUGUGUGGAUUCACAAAUGCCACAGGGUUAGAUUUCAAAUGGUCUCGAUCUAGAAGUAAAACUCCCAGUAGUUCAACAGGACCAACUAGUGACCAUACAUCAGGAACAGGCUAUUUCAUGUUCAUCGAGACCUCAAGCCCGAGAGUGAGGGGAGACACAGCUGGGUUAUUGACUCCACUGUUGUCUAUAGUCGGCUCUGCAUGUUUCAAGAUGUAUUACCACAUGUAUGGGAGCUCCACAGGGGCUCUUAGGGUGAUUAAUGAGAUGAACCAGCAGACACUUUGGAUUGCUAAAGGUGAUCAGGGGAAUAGAUGGCUCUCCCUAGAGCUCCAGCUACAGGUUGGGGUAUAUAGACUUCAGAUACAGGGUGAGACUGGGGAUAGUUUUAGAGGAGACAUUGCUAUAGAUGACAUAGAGAUCAGACCAGGGUUAUGUGUAGCGCCAACAACUAUAUCACAAAAGCCAACACAACAGUCACAGAAGGAAUUCUUCAUUUGUAAUUUUGAGACAACAACGUGCAACUUCAGCAAGAACUUGAACGAUGAUUUUGAUUGGUUCUGGCAGCAAAGAGAGACUCCUAGCUCUGGGACUGGACCAUAUAAUGAUCAUACUCUUGGACAGCCUAUAGGACAUUUCAUCUUCGUUGAGGCCUCACCAACAUCAGUGAGUGACCUCACUCCAGAAUUGACCUCUCCUAAUAUUUCUGUAGACCAGGUCCAUUGUCUUGUGUUUCACUACCAUGCCUAUGGGGAACAUAUAGGCAAGCUGAGUGUGUACAGGAGAGAAUCAACUACAAAGCAAGAGUUGAUAUAUUCCAUAACACCUUCAGGUUUGGAGCAAAGGUGGAAAGAGGUUAAAGUAAAAUAUAUGCAGCCUGGCACAUACAGAGUGGUCUUUCAGCCUACUGUAUUGGGGUUCAGGGGAGAUCUGGCCAUUGAUGAUGUUAUGGUACUGGCCCAUUGUAAUGAGGAGGUAAAUGAUAUCCCAGCAUCCCCUGUGUUCAAGUGUACAAUGGAGGAGGCAUCAUGUUCCAUAAAGAAUACUGGUCAAUUUGAUUGGUCAGUUGGCCAAGGAGCCACAGGACAGAGUAACACUGGACCAACCACAGAUGCCACAUAUAAAAAUUCAAAUGGGCAUUACCUGUACAUAAACACACAAUUUCGCAACACAGGAGACAAAGCAAGGCUGCAACUUCCCUCUAUAAAAGAUGGUUCUGCAUAUCUUCACUUCAACUAUCACAUGUAUGGACAGGACAUCAAUACCCUCACAGUGUACCUUAAUGAAGGUGCUGAGGUACCAAUAUGGAGCAUGAAAGGUGAUCAAGGCAACACUUGGCACCAGGCUAGUAUCCCAGUGACUGGAACGGCCAAAUACUCUCUCACCAUAGAAGCUACAGCAGGCAGACUGGGAGAGAUAGCCAUCGAUGAUAUCAUGUAUUCCGCAAGAGAUUGCCUGUUCAAUGAGACAAAGUGUAACAAUAGUAAUGUCUGCAUCCCAAUUUACAAGAAAUGUGACCACAUCGGGGACUGUCCAUUUAUGGAUGAUGAAUUUGGAUGUCCCUGUAGAUCUGAUGAGUUCCAGUGUGGGAAAGAUGGUGUAUGUAUACAGAACCAGUCCAGGUGUGAUGGUGUGAUGGAUUGUAUUGGUGGAGAAGAUGAAAAUGGAUGUGGUCAGUGUGGGAGUGGAAAGUUCAAGUGCAGGAAUUAUGAGUGCAUAGCAGAAGCUGGAAGGUGUGAUGGCAUCAAGCAAUGCAAAGACGAAUCAGAUGAACAGGAAUGUGUGAGACUGAACAUUAUAAAUCAAGAAGGAGACAAGCGAGUGGAGGUUUACAAGAACCAAGCAUGGCUGCCAGUCUGUUCUAAUACAUGGGGAACAGAGCACAGCCAAGCAAUAUGUACAUAUCUGGGACAAGGUAAUGCUGCGUCUACGACUGGUUCCUUCUACACAACUUCAAAGUUCAUCCAGAUAUCUUCAAGUUCUGACUCAACAGAGCUGAUUGCUAAGUUUAAAGUAGCAGAUACUUGUCCUGAUGACCAGGUUGUUCAUCUUAGUUGCGCUAAGGCACAUUGUGGAGUCUCUGAGAAGAGUAACCCAUUGGUGCCUCUUAUAAUUGGGGGUGGAUAUGCAAAGCCAGGAAGGUGGCCUUGGCAAUUGUCAUUAAGUUAUUACACCAGUACCAAUUACUUUUGCGGUGCAGUCCUCAUAGAUAAACAGUGGGCCUUAACUGCGGGGCAUUGUAUUAGAGCCAUGGAAACAUACUCGUUUGGUAAAGUGCGAACUAUGAUUCACACUGGACAGACUGUGAGAGGUCAAUACGAGCAGGUGCUCUACAUCAGUGAUUAUUGGCAUCACCCUGACCUUUACCUUGCCUCAUUCGCACCACCAGAACAUGACUUGACCCUCAUUAGAUUUACAAGGCCAGUUACAUACACGGAGCGAACAUAUCCCAUAUGUUUACCUGAACUUGAGCAACAGUUUGCAUCUAGUCUGGAAUGUUAUACAACUGGAUUUGGCUACAAGAAACCAGCUGGUCCUGCAUCUAAUGAACUAUUGGAGAUCAAGACCAAUGUAUGGACAGACAAUGCAUGUAGCAAAAUCUACCGUGGUCUUGUAAAUACUGACUCUGUAUUGUGUGUGGGGUAUAGCUCUGGAAUUAUUGUACCAUGUAAUGGUGACAGUGGGGGCCCUCUAGUGUGCAGAUCCAGUACUAAUCCUAAUAAAUGGACAUUGGCAGGAGUCACCAGUUUCAGUCCUGUACGUUGUGUCAACGAGAACAGCUCUCCAGCAGGCUUUGUUAAAGUGGCUAGUUAUAUACCAUGGAUAACACAAACUAUGAAAGAAAAUCCUCCAAGUUAACUCAGGACUGUAAAGUUAUGUAGCAGAAUACUACAUUAGUUGUACUUAAAGGGGCAACCAAGAAUAGAGUGUCAGUGUAAAAUAUUGGAAGCUUUCUUUUCAAAAAUUAUGUCAAUGUACCCUUUUAAUUAUCAUACAGCUAUUAUCUGAAAAAAGUUACUUGAAAGAUAUUGAUGUUUUAAACUGCAGAAAUGUUCAAUGUUUUCAAGUUCACUUAAAUAGCAAAAUGUGAAUGUCCAAUUUUUCAAGAUUUUUACCAGAUAAUUGAAGAAUUCAAAGCAUUAUCAUGAAUUCAGAGCUUUUGGACCUUUUAGAAAAAUAAGCAUGACAUGGAAUGUAGUAAGC